AUGCACGAUAGUUGCGUCCUUGAAAUCUUGCGGGAUUUCACCUUGACGCCACAUCUGGAAGAGCGCAGUCAGGUGAUUCAUGAGUUGGGGAUCUCCGUGCUUGUAGACCUCAGCAGGUAUUGCGUCCAAUCCGGGUGCUUACCCGCUGGAGAGCUGCUUCACAGCCCCGAUGGUUUCCUGGAGAGAUGGUGGGAGGUCGAGGUCCACGUUGGUCUCCACUUGCGGCAAACGCUCGAUGGCGGCGUCGGAGAUGGCGGAAGGGCGGUUGAGGACGCCUCGAAAAUGCUCGGCCCAUCGCUGCAGGAUUUGCGUCUUUUCAGUCGGGAGAGUCCUACCGUCGGUGCUGAGGAGAGGAGCAGUGCCCUACGUCGGCGGACCAUAGAUAGCUUUGAUAGCGGAGAAGAAGUUCUUCCAUUCGUUGCGGUCCGCGUAUCCUUGGAUCUCCUCAGCUUUGCGAGCAGUCGAGGUGUCCUGCAUCUCGCGCAGUCGUUGCUGAAGUUGGCGGCGACUGCGGUAGAAGGCAGCUUUGGUGGCAUCAGUGGGGUGAUCUACGUAGGCUUUGUGUAG